GGAAGAAAGAGGGAGCAGAGACAGAGAGAGAGAGAGAGAGAGAGAGAGAGAGAGAGAGAGCGAGUUGAUGAUCUCAAUGACAAGAUAGGAGUAGAGAUAUGGCUGCAGAUUCAUCAGAAAUCAGAUCUAAUGUGAAGGUGAAACCCAACCAAGAUGCGUCUUCCAAGGGCAAGGCGGUUCUAUCUGUUAACAAGAAGAUUGAGAGCUCAAGCAAACAUUCGGUUGAUUCUAGGAAUAAAUCUGUCUCCACUAUUACAAAACCAGAGGUGAAGAAGAAAUCAACAUCAAAUUCAUCGGUGUCGAUCACCAAGACCACAACAACUGUUAAAGUGAAAGGGAAAAAAGUUUUCACUUUGGCCGGCCAGAAAUAUGAUCCUCCUGAAGAGAGGGAACCCCUUAGGAUAUUCUACGAAUCCUUGUCAAAACAGAUACCUUCAAGUGAAAUGGCUGAAUUCUGGAUGAUGGAACAUGGCUUGUUGUCUCCCGAAAGAGCGAAAAAAGCAUAUGAGAGGAAGCAAAGGAAGCAACAACAACUAAGGAUGGGAACUCCCACUAAGCCUCUGAAACUGGACAAACCAGAAAGCUCACAAAAGCAGCAGCAGGCCUCAAAGAACAGUGAUCUAAAAGUCAAGAAAAGAAUAAUGACAGAGAGCAAUAGUGACGAUGAUUUCAUUGUGAAGUAUAAGAAAGUAAAGGGAUGAGAAAGCUGAGUUUAAGGGUAAUCCUUGGUUUCUAGCAGUGUAAGGCUAACUUUUUUCCAGAGUAGCACGGAAAGUUGAUUAGAUUCAACAUACAACUUGAACAGAUGAACUGCCAAAAGGAAGGCAAGCCUUUUUAGGCAUUCAUACACAAAAGGUAGACAUUCUUUGUAUCUUCUAACUCAUGGCAAAAAGAAAAAAUUUUAAAAUAAGCAGCUGACAUUGGAUUUUUUCGUCA